AAAAGUCUAAACUCUUUGAUUUUUAAGACCUGUAAUAAAAAUUGAACUGAAUUUAGAAAAGGAAUAUUGCAUUAUAAACAAAACAAUAAAGUUCAAAGGAGUCUGCAAUAAAGGUGUCCCCUACAUCUUUGAUGUGACCAGACCCCUACUGCUUUAUAACUUGCUGUGUAUUCCAGUUUAGGUAAAUACUCAAGUUAUCUUGUACAGGUGAUAAGUGCCUGAAGGACUCAGUUGAAACUGUGGGAAAAUUUAAUUAGCCAAUCAAAAGGUAAUUAGCAAUCUGCAACUUUUAAUUAACCAAUGAAAUAGCUUGAAAAAUGAGGAGGAGGAUAUGAAUGAAAUGAAGUAUUUAAAGCAACUAAAAAAAAAACUAGUCACAGUCUUCAGAAAACCACCUAGUUUAGUACUCAAACAUUCUUGCAAUAUGAAUUCAGCAGAACUCAUUGGUGCCUCCAUGUUUCCAGAAUAUAUGAAUAUGUCAGAAAGUGAUUCAUAUGAUUCAUCUGAAAAUGACCACAGUUCGUUCCAGUCAAGUCCAGCAAAUAACAACAUACAAGAGCAACUUCCCCCAUUGGUGAAUCCAAGACCAAGACCAGUUAAUUAUAACCAACAAGACAGCUUUUAUGCAAUAGAUCAACAAAGGUAUUACCAUGGUCAAAGGGAUUACAUUGAAAGACAGAGGUAUCAUUCACCUAUCCAGAACCAAUGGUACCAGACACCAGUGCCUCAGAGACAGUAUCCUACACACCGGUACCCUGUUCACCAGCAUCCCAUACAACAGUUUUCCCCAUUGCAGCCAUUAGAUUUUAACCGGGAUACCCAAACAGACGAAGAACCCAUUAGAAAGCAUCAAAAGUUUAUGUUUACAAAGCAAACUGAAUUGUGUAUGUCCUCUGUAAUUGCCAUAGAGAAAGAUGCCUCACCAAAUUCCAAAAAGAAAAUAAGAUUGGAGAAAAACAAAUUGAAUAAUGCAAUAAGGAAAGUUGUGGAAGAUAGCGACUUACGUACAGUCAAAGGAGAGGCUUUUAAUACAUGCUUUGAAAUGUUGAAGAAAUACAUCCCAAAUCUGAACAGAGAUCCUGCCUUAGUAAGACACGUUAGAAUUCACUUAAGGAAAAAUAUGAAUUACAGAUUACACAAGGAGACUGUGCCUGACAAUAAACCAAAACCUCAGAGCAACAGGAUGCCUACAGACUAUUUAGAAUUUGACACGACUGCUGGUAUACCCAACUUUUUGCAGUGUGGAUCUGAAGUCUGCCUUAAUUACCAAGGCUAUCCUGUUGGGAAAGCGAAAGUUGUGUCGUAUCCAGCCAGUGUUGAAGGCAUGACGGAAACAGAACGGAAAGAAUUUGUGCUAUUACAGAUGACAUUGAAGAGACGCAACUCUGAUGUCACUGUAUUUCCAUACCGGACAGAGUAUAGAAGUUGGGACAAUGUUGGGAAAGGUGCUCGAUUUGCGUGGAGUGUGGCUGAAGUUCAGCCAGCAGAAGAGUAUGACAAUUUUAUAAAAGACAAGAGAAGAGUGCAGCAGAAAUUCGUUUACCAACAAGCCAAACAAAAGAAACGCCAAGUGCAACCGGAAGUCCAACAGCCAGAUUUAGAAGAGCCAGAGUUAGUAGCAGAGCCAGAGGAAGCAGAGCCAGAGGUAGUAGAGCCAGAGGUAGUAGAAGAGCCAGAGGCAGUAGAAGAGCCAGAGGUAGAAGAGCCAGAGGUAGUAGAAGAGCCAGAGGUAGUAGAGCCAGAGGUAGUAGAAGAGCCAGAGGUAGUAGAGCCAGAGAUAGUAGAAGAGCCAGAGGUAGUAGAGCCAGAGGUAGUAGAAGAGCCAGAGGUAGAAAAACAGACAGAAGAACCAGAACAGUUACAACAACAGCCAGAUGUGGAACAACAGCCAAUUAACCACCAAAGGAUUCAGAUUUCUGAUUAUGUGGAAGUUGCCUUGGAAGACCCAAAAAGAAAGACUGCCAAGAACUUUUAUGGGAUGAUAAUUGGGACAGAUCCACUGGAAAUUAAAUUUAUGAAAAAUACAUCAAAGAAGAACGUCAAAGUUUGGCCACAAGUGGAAGAUAUUAGUGUAUUAGAAACCUGCCAACUUGUUAGACAUUUAGGUGUACCAACACUUGACCAUAGACUUCGUUAUGUGUUUAUGGACUAACCACUAUAUAGCUAUGUCAAGAAAUGUCUGCCAGUGUUCUUAUAAAAAAUGACCAAAUUGCGUCAGUUUAGAUAUGAUUUUUUUUUCUGGUAGGCAAAGAUGAAAUGGUACUAUAGGUUAGAACUCUGUCCCUCCUUCAGUAUGGCAAAUCAGUUUCUUUCAUGCUUGAAGAUAUUGAUUAAAUAUAUAUAUGACAAAUUUAUAUAUUCGAGUUUUGGUCUAGUUCCAACCUUUAUAAUAGUCAAGUUUCAAGAUGGAUUGAUAUUUGGUACAUAGUUUUACCACAACACUACAUUUCUUGUUCAAAUUCCUCUUGUAUGAUGUUUUUUUACUGAUUUAUAGUCAUAGAGAAAUGUCAUACUAGUGAUAAGUUCAGUUCGCCACUCUUUUUGUCUUGAUGGAAGCUAUUGAGUUGAUAUUGUUAUUAAGUUUUAACACGACUAAGGUCUAGAGCAUAGGGUACUGUAUUUGCAUGCAACAGCUCAAAAUACUCAAGCCAAUACUAUCCCUGCAGGUUGUGUCCACUCUUGUUAAAAUGAAGUGCAUAGAAUGGUUGUGAUAUAGUUAUAUUGAAAUGAAGCUGGCAAGACAGAUAAACAUUAAUUGAAUACUUGUAGAUAUUUUUGAUUUGUACAUAAAAGUUUUUGUGAUAUGCAAAUAGUUGAUUACCACUAUAUACUUAUUUAUUGUAAAUGUCUGUUCUCUCAUUUCAUAGUUUCGUAUUGUGUCGUUAUUUCACUUGAUAGAUAUUUAUUUGGUUUGUUGAUUCAAUUCAUAGAAAUUUAUUAUGUAUUUUCUUACAGACGAUAAAUAAAUAAAUUAUUUUAUAACAUAA